AUGUUCGAACUGUCGCGUGUGUGUGUGUGUGUGUGUGUGUGUGAUGAGGAUCAGGACUACACCUGCCCUCACUGCGACCGUAUCUUCACCUCUCGCAUCGGCCUGGUCGGUCACUUGCGAAUACAUCGCACAGAGGCUGGUGAACCAGUGCCUGGAGCACCAACCUACACCCACCGCACUCGCCUCCACUGCCCACACUGCCCUCGCACCUUCACUCAUCGCAUGGGUCUAUUCGGCCACAUGCGCAUCCACGAGAGCGGAAUUGACCGCAGCCUUGACACACCCACCCCGUCGAGCCCCACUCCCAAUCAAUCACCUUGCGCACCCACUAACCACUCCACAGCCGACAUCGACGCCACCGACCUUACCACGCCUCACACCUCCCCUUCCUCCUCCUCUUCCUCCUUCACUGCCACAACGACGGCCGCUUCGGCGUCUGUCGCCCCCGACCUCACCACAGCCGAACCUGACACAACAACAGGCACAACCCCUGCAACCUCCAUCAUCAGACGCGAGGGCCAGGACUACAUCUGCCCUCACUGCGAUCGCACCUUCACCUCACGCAUCGGCCUGGUCGGUCACUUGCGAAUCCAUCGCACAGAGACUGACGAACCAGUGCCUGGAGCACCAACCUACACUCACCGCACUCGCCUCCACUGCCCACACUGUCCUCGCACCUUCACGCAUCGCAUGGGUCUAUUCGGCCACGUGCGCACCCACGAGAGCGGAAUUGACCACAAUUCCGAUACAGCCACAACAUCCAACACAUCCACCACGCCCAUACCAAUCCUCGCUCCACCGUCACACGCGUCGACCACCACCACCACCAACACCACUGCUUCCUCUGCAGCUGACUCCGACACCGCCAACCUCUCAUGCCCACAUUGUCCACGCACCUUCACCUCACGCAUUGGCCUGGUCGGUCACUUGCGAAUCCAUCGCACAGAGACUGGCGAACCAGUGCCUGGAGCACCAACCUACACCCACCGCACUCGCCUCCACGGCCCACACUGCACUCGCACCUUCACGCAUCGCCUGGGUCUAUUCGGCCACAUGCGCAUCCACGACGACCUGCGGUAGACAACCGCAGGUCACACCACACAUUCCCUCACCACCUACCUCCUAGCACCAUCACCCCACCAGACAUCAACCCCCACACACCUCAUGCACUCAACUGCCGCCUCCCACGCAAGUGGGAUGUGUGCAUCUCGACUCGAUCCCCAUGCGGCUUUGGCUGCACGGGGGACUUGUGUUCGAGACUAUCCCGACACGUCAAGCGUCGUGGAUAGGAAGGUUGCUGAUAGAGGCCCGCUAUCGGUUCACGCAGUUCGUCACGUUGUGUGUGUGUUGUGUGUAGUGGCGGACUGGUGGGCUGGGGACGGGCUGAAGCAGCACCUUUCACGGCCCUCUCACGCAAGUGGGAGACACGCCGUUCUACCCCCGUUGUGUGAAAUCCUGGUGUUUGUGUGUAUGGGGGGCCAGGUCGUGCUGUGGCGCGCGCAGGCAUGGUCAGUCGACCAUGUCAGCCACCGCGCCCAUUCCCCACUCCAGUCUACUGACCGGCUCGGACAGUGGCUGGGGUGUGGGAAUGGGAAGGGAGAGUGAGGUCGACGACUCAGCGCACUUUCUCCUCACUAUAAUCAAUCUGACGCGCUUGAAGCUAUCACGGUGCGCUAAAAGCCGUGGCUUGGAAGGUUGCCAACUGACGGGGUACCUUGGACCUCCUCCUUCACUGGAGGCGGUCUGAGAGUCAGGCUGCAAUGGCUCCUUUUUAAUGUGGCCUUUAUGGCACUCCCACCACAGAGUGGGAUCCGAGCCAGGCGUUGGCGGCACGCCCAGGUGCGGCUUCGGUCGUGCCAGCCUCCAAAUCUCUCUUGUGUUGGUUGAAAUCCUGGUUAUUGUUGUGUGGACCAGGGGGUGUGGUGGAACGCCAAGGUGAGGAUCCGUCUGAGCCAUCCACCUGCGGCCUCCCUCGUCUCCGGUCUUCUUGACUCUGUCUUGACACCGGGCCGAGGCGGGGGAGGAGGAGAGAGUGUAGGUAGAUGCUACGCAAGUCUACUGGCACUAUAAACCCCUGCGUAAGUCACCGUCCCUGCUCCCACAAUGCAGUCUGUGGGGCACACGGUGGUCAUCGUCGAAAUCGACGGACGAACUGUCGUGUCGUGUGUGUGUGUGUGUGUGUGUGUGUGUGUGUGUGUGUGGUGGGGGGGGUGUAGGGGUGUCCAGCGGUGGGUUCACGUGAUGGUCGUAGUGGUCGCUUACUUGCUCGCAGUUGAGACUACACCAAGCGUCCAUUUGCUGGCACCCAACUCUCACCUGUGGCUCCACGUAGCUGGGCUCUGCUCAGCGGCCACACCCCGGGCAACCGUCUUGGCCGGCGGGCUAAACCAGGUGAGGGCGCUGUGCACUUGUGCCGAGUGCACAUCGUACCGCGGACUCCGCUGGAUGGAUGGUCGGAUGAAACACUGCGCCGGCAUCGUCGAGACGAGGCUCUGCCUGGUACGCCGUUGGAUAACUGCUGCCGGGACGGGUCUCUGCAUCGCCUUCGCUGAGACGCGCCCACACUCGUUGACGGAGACCGCGGACUCAAGGCACAUUCGGUCGUUCUCCACUACGAACAUAAAAGUCGUGGCCAUAUAGUGGGAUUCGGUCUCGCCAACCAGGCACAUGGGCAGCCCGACUCAGGGACGGAACUGCCCGCCCCCAUGAGGGGAAGGGCCUAGAAAAGGUGGUCUAAAAAAUGCUGGGCACCACGACGUCUGCAGGCCAGCCAAGGCCGCAGAUGCCAUCAACACGGUCGAAACAAUUAAAAUCGAAACUAGAACAAUACCAAUUACAACAACAACAACAACCAUAAUCAUCCUACUCAUCCUACCUCUCCUUCCUCUAACUCUGUCUAUUCUUCUGCCUAAACUUCUCCUUCGUCACCUUCUUCUCCACCUCCCUCCCGUCGCAACACUCGUUGUCACCAGACUGGCAGGGUGAGCCCGCUCACUCUGGCAGCAUGGAAUGUUCGUUCCCUUUUAGACAGUCCGAGGAGCAACCGACCGGAACGGAGGACGGCGCUAGUGGCACGAGAACUGGCGCGCUACAAGGUGGACAUCGCCGCACUCAGCGAGACCCGAUUCUCCGAACAAGGGCAACUGGAGGAGGUGGGUGCCGGCUACACCUUCUUCUGGAGUGGUCGACGCAGGGCAGAGCGACGAGACGCGGGUGUCGCCUUUGCCAUCCGGACCGACAUUGUGGGACGUCUGCCCUGUCUACCGAAGGGAAUCAACGAUCGCCUGAUGAGCCUCCGUCUGCCUCUCCGCCGGCGAGGAGGCAAAUUCGCCACCAUCAUCAGCGCCUACGCUCCGCCGAUGACCAGCCCCGACGACGCCGCCGGAAGAGACAAGUUCUACGAGGACCUGCACGCCCUCUUGGCGACUGUGUCGAAGGCGGACAAGUUGAUUGUCCUUGGUGACCUCAACGCCCGCGUCGGCACAGACCAUACUGCCUGGAGAGGAGUGCUGGGUUCCCAUGGUCUCAGCGACUCCAACGACAAUGGUCUGCUGCUGCUCCGCACCUGCGCAAAACACCGCCUCAUCCUGACGAACACGUUCUUCUGUCUGCCGGAGCGAGAGAAGGCCACCUGGAGGCAUCCUCGGUCGCGUCAGUGGCACCUGCUGGACUAUGUCCUCGUCCGGAGGCGAGAUCAGCGGGACGUGCUGGUGACGAAGGCGAUCGCGGGUGCUGACGGGUGGACCGAUCAUCGACUCGUCAUCUCGAAGAUGCGUAUUCGCCUACAGCCUCGCAGGAGACCACAAGGUAAGCGACCCCCAGGUAAGCUGAAUGUUGUCUUGUUGUCCUUGCCCGCUCAUCAUCUUCAUUUCAGCAAUGAGCUAGCUCAACGGCUAGACAACCUCCCCAUCGCCGAUGCCGCCGCCGCUGCCGAGAACGCGUCCGUGGAGAACCGCUGGUGUCAACUGCGAGACACAGUCCAGUCGACGGCACUCGCCGUUCUCGGUCGCGCUCCCCGCCAACACCAGUACUGGUUCGACGACAAUGACGCCGCCAUCAGAAAUCUGCUUGCUGAGAAGAACCGCCUAAACAAAGCCUACGUAGAUCACCCCACUGAGGAUAACAAAGCUGCCUUCUACCGCAGUUUCCCACAGCUUCAGCAACGACUGCGCGAGAUGAAGGACGCCUGGACUGCUCGCAAAGCUGAGGAGAUCCAAGGCUACGCGGACCGCAACGAAUGGAAGAACUUCUUCUCCGCGAUCAAAGAUGUCUGCGGUCCGCCGACGAAGGGCACUGCUAAUCUCCUCAGCGCCGACGGCAGCGCUCUCCUGACUGAGAAGACACAAAUCCUGCAGCGAUGGGCCGAGCACUUCCGAGGCGACCUCAACCGCCCUUCCGUCAUCUCCGACGCCGCCAUCGCCCGCUUGCCGCAAGUGGAGACCAACGUGGACCUCGACCUCCCGCCAUCUCUCCAGGAAACCAUCAGGGCCGUGCAGCAGCUCUCCAACGGGAAAGCACCCGGAUCGGACGCAAUCCCUGCUGAGGUCUACAAGCACAGAGGUCCCCUAAUGAUGGAUCAACUGACUGCGCUCUUCCGAGGGAUGUGGCGUCAAGUUGAAGUCCCGCAUGAAUUCAAAGACGCAAAUAUCGUGCACCUUUACAAGCGAAAAGGGAAUCGCCAAGUCUGCGACAAUCACCGCGGCAUCUCCCUGCUGAACAUCGCCGGGAAGAUCUUCGCUCGCAUCCUCCUCAACCGUCUCAAUAACCAUCUGGAACAGGGCGUUCUGCCUGAAAGCCAGUGCGGCUUCCGUCGUCAUCGUGGGACCACGGAUAUGAUCUUCGCCGCCCGCCAACUUCAGGAGAAGUGCCGGGAGAUGCGGACCCACCUGUACUCUACUUUCGUGGACCUGACAAAGCCUUCGACACGGUGA